UCAUCGUGUUAUAGUUAGCUUGUCGCCGCAGAUAAAAGCAAAGUUCUUUUUUUAAUGCGUAAGCUUAAAAUGGCACAUGGCGGAUGUCCAAAGAAUGACUAAGACCUGUGAUUUAUCUCUUGUUUAAGUACCUCGACACAACGGCCAGUGCAUAGAUAGAUUGCAUCAAAGAUUAGAAUGAUAGAAACAGACACCAUCAAUACUAUAUGCCAUGACUUGCAGGAUAAACCUUACUGAAAGAUGUAGAAGUCAACCACGCAAGAUGAAUAUAACCUACUUGAUUUUCGUCUUCGUCUUGCCAGUAUUGGUAUUUACAGCAAUUGUAGUUGGAAUGACAAUUUCUGAAAGACAGGAGGCGGAAAAACCUGAAAUUGUUGUCGCAGAAGGGAAACAGGGUAUCAUUGUUGGUUUAGCAAGCCCUGAAGCUGGCAUAUUCCAAGGUAUCCCUUUCAGUCAUCCACCGACUGGUCAAUUCCGAUGGAAGAAACCACAACCAUUGACAACAUUUUCAAAAGAUAUAUGGAAUGCGACAUAUGUUCGACCUGGUUGUCCACAAACAUGCACUUACAAAAGCAAGAAAUAUACGUGUCCAGACGAAACAAACGAAGAUUGCCUUUAUUUAAACGUUUGGGUGCCGCAAAAAAUACUAGAAGUUGUUGCUACGAGUGAUCUACAUCUUGGGAAACAUUAUACAAUUCCUGACAAAUACCAAAAAGGUGACGAAGAAUCUUUAGCUGUGAUGGUCUAUUUACACGGUGGAAAUUUCAUGACUGGUGCUGGAUCAGCUAGAUUAUACGAUGGCAGAUUUAUUGCAGAUCAAGGGAACGUUAUAGUUGUAUCCACAAAUUUCAGAUUGGGGGCGUUGGGAUUUUUGGUUCAAGGUGACGGUGAAGAUGCCGCGCUAGGAAACUAUGGAAUAUGGGAUCAAAUUGCUGCUUUAAAAUGGAUUCAAGAGAAUAUCAAGUUCUUUGGUGGAAAUCCAAAAAAGAUCACAUUGUUUGGGCAAAGUUCUGGAGCCGAAUCUGUUGCAGUAUUGAUGACGUCACCGGACGCAAAAGACUUAUUCCAUAGAGCAAUCAUGUCAAGCAAUCCGAUGUCGGUUCCAUUGCGUGAUGUUGCAAACGCCAGGCAAUAUGGUGCAAAAUUUGCUGAAGCACUUGGAUGUUUACCAGAUAACAUGACAUGCAUUAGAUCAGCAGACACAAGCGAGAUCAUCAAGGCCUCACAAGUACAAGGAUGGUCGUUAUUCGGAGGUGGUAGAAAACUGUUAGCUCUUCAACCAUGGGGCCCAGUUAUUGAUGGGAAAUUCUUAAUGGAAUCUCCCCUGGAAGCAUUCAAGAAUAAAAGAACGAUGAAAAUACCAGUAAUCAUUGGAGGAACAGUGGAUGAGGGAAUGUUUUUCGUUCCAGAAGUUUUCAAAACACCAGUUGCAAAUUUUAUUUAUCAAUUUACUAUUGGAACAGUAAUGCCAUCUGCUACUUCUCAAGUACUCAAGGAGUAUCCUGCGUGCAGCGAGCAAUCAUGCGACAACCGGUUUGCAAUCGGAAAAAUAAUCACUGAUUAUGCAUUCCUUUGUCCAGAAAGAGCAACACUAUUUCAUACCAGAUAUGAUUCUUGGUUUUACAUAUUUAACGAAUCACUACCUAUUCACGAACUCUGGGACACCGAUUUUUGUUUCGACAGAGUUUGCCAUUGCGCGGACCUGCCUUUUAUUUUUAACACUGUUGGUCUGUCAGAUUACAAAUUUGAUAAUAAGGAACAAAUGUUAGCAAAAAGGAUAGUCUACUUCUGGACAAAUUUUGCUAAAUAUGGCAAUCCGAAUGGCGAGGGAGAAUUCCAAAAUACCUCUGGGCAACGGGAAGAAGGAACAUAUGGCGAGUACAGCGCCGCCUACUGGCCACGUUUUACAGAGCAAAGCUUCGGUGCAUAUUCAGCUAUUGAACUCAAAUCUGACGGUGAUAAGAUUCUUUCUGAUCCAUAUCAGAAGACUUGCAUGUUCUGGGACGAAUUGGAUUCUUAUGGGACGUUUAGAUGAUCAUUUGUUCGUAUAAAGCAAUUGUAGAAUUUGUGCAAGGCCCGACUGACAAGGCUGUCAUGUGAUGUGCAAUGGUGAUAACGGGUAGAAAGUUGAAAUAUGAACAAAAGUUUCGAAGUCAUUUCCCGCCGGAAAACAAAAUGCAAGCUUUGAAAUGUGAAAAUCGUUCACAUUAAAAUCAGUUUCGUUUCAAAUGUCUGCAAUAUAAAUCUGCUAUAUAUUCUGCAAAAUAAAAAUGUUUUAAUAUUACAUUUAUUAUUGUAUCAAAUGCACUAUUUUAUGUAUGUUUGAUAAAACUAAACGAAUAUAUUUUGUAUUGUA